AUGAUUGAUCUUCAAACAAGGCCGCUUAGGGGAUUCGAGGUGAUGAUUGGAGAAGGAGGUGUUCGCGCAAUACUUCCGCUUUUCAACAAGAUGAACGAUUGGGUUGGCAAGCCCAUUGAUGGAUCUGAUUAUUUCUGCGGGCCCGUGCGAAUUUCAACAGACAAUGAGAUACUAGCCCUUUCGGCGGAUUUCGAUCUGGCUUCAAAUCCUUCUAAUUAA